AUGGUUGAAAAAUUCAAUCAUACAAUUGAUGAAUGUUUAGCCAAAUUAAUUGCAGACAAAGAAAAAGAAUGGGACAAAUAUGUAGAAUCAGUUUUAUUUGCUUAUAGAAUAAUGAAACAUAAUACAACUGAAUUGAGUAAUUAUAAAAAUAUUAAGGAUGCAUUAAUGGAAAGAUUAUUUAAGAUAAUCAAUCUAUUAGAAGAUGAUCAACAAAUUGCACUUAAUUAA